GUUGAAAUAACGAAAUAACGUUUUUGAAUUUUGAAUGAAGUGCGAUUUUUUUAAAAGAUACAUUUUAAGGAGAACUUGGAUUUCUCUGUAGUUAGAAGCAGGAUCCCGCGUGUAAAGUGAUCCUCAAAGUUCUUUGCAAAGAGGUAUGCAAACGUUCAGAAUCAAGGACAGUGUGUAUAAACACGACCACUCAGAAGAACAAUAAAAAGUGCUAUCCUCUAAAACAACAGUUCAAGAUACAUAUCAACGCCGUUAAAAUCCACGGCACCGCACGCCGCCUUUCACUUACCACCCUAGCACAAAUCCCCACGCAGCGAGAGGCGCCGCGGACCGUCGGAGGAACAGCAUGACUUCGAAGGCGUGCAGGACGACCCGAGGGGCGAGGGUUCUUCACGCCCACCACGUCCUCCUCGCCGCGAUCUACACGCUGGCAGGUGGCAGCAGCGCCGAGGCCAGAAGCGUUACCACACAUUUCGCUCCCAACAACAGCUGCGUCAACGGCUACUGGCGAGAGGGCGCCUGUACCUGCGACCCUUGUUGGGAGGGAGACGCCUGCCAGCACUACGCUGAUCACUACGGCCCACAGUUCCUGGUCCACGAAGCCACCGUCGUGCUGCCUGCCAACGUCACAGGCAUCGCCUACCACGCCUGGAGCAUAGACGAGGACCUGGGUCUCACGUGUCCUCUGGGGCCCGGCGAGUCUGCCAGGUGUCCGUGCGCCGUCGUGCAGUACCACCUCUUCGCAGCCCCCGGGGACGUGCACUUCCUCCUCGACCGGGAUACUGGGAUCAUCACCAGGAACCCCCAGAGUAUAUUGGCUCCCGGUUCGACCUACGCGUAUCAGCUGAUGGUGCAGGACGUGCCCCUCGGAAGCGAGAUGUCGGCGGGGCACUUCGACAUCCUCGACCUCAAAAUCUACGUGAGUGACGACCACGUGAGGAAGAUACCAUGGACCUAACGUGCAGCUUCUCUCGCCUCCCCAACGAGAUGCCGAGGCUGUUCACCGUAGCAACAACAGUGAAAGCAAGAACGGUGAACAGAGAGUAGCUGAAAGGAGCAGACAGGGAUGCUGGGGUGUAUACUCCGUGGGUGUAUUGGCUGUUGUGUCUCUUACCCGGCACGAUGUUUGUAUAGAUAGAUGAUGUUUGGUGGCAUGAAGAUAAGUUAUUUAGUAUAUCACUUGACCAAUUAUUAACAAAAGGGAAGGAAGUCAUAGAGAGAGAGGGAGGGAGGAAGGGAA